AUGUCCACUCCUGUGACUGCAGAGACCUCUGAAGCACUUGAGUCAUUGCAGUCGCCACUAUGCAAAGACUGCCGAACAGCCCUAGACCGCUGGGGUUCCGAAAAAGACAUCGCAAAAGCAGGGGAUGGGCGACCGAGCCGUGGACCACCCGAGACUAUUUUGCUUCAGGCUAACAGUCGUCUGAAAGAGCGAGUAGCUACUGGAUGUCGGCUGUGUGCCAUGGUCUACGACUCGUUCGAAGGCGAAACAGGGAGUUUUGAGAGUACGACUUUUCGCAGAAAAGCUACGGAUGAUCCAAAUGGCGGACCUGAUCCCGAAGUUUGGGGCUAUGUACGGAGCUGGCGGUCGGGAGGCCCUCCGAAUGAUAAGUAUAGCGAAACAGAUCUCUCGAUCCGGCGGUGGCGUCCGAAUGUCGAGAUGAAGUGGAGUGCGAGGUUGCACCGUGUUAAAGAUAGGACAUGCACAGACUGCUCCGACGGUACACCUCGCGACAUUCAGACUCGAAAUCCACCUCCUUGGGACCUCAUGCGGACUUGGUUGAAAGAUUGCAUCGAUAAUCAUCAAGGGGCGUGCAAAUCAGCAGGUCUAAACUUUCUUCCUACACGACUUCUGAAUGUGGGAACUCUCAAUGAACCUCAACUACGGAUUCAACUUCGAGAUAAGAUUCCGCCCGGAAGCAAUUACCUCACUUUAAGUCAUUGCUGGGGACCAAUUGUCCCCAAAAGGCUCUUGUUAGAAAACCUGGAACAAUUUCGGCAAGAAAUACCAACAGAAGGGCUGUCUAGAACGUUCCAAGACGCGAUAUAUGCGUCAAGGAAACUCGGAGAGCAACACAUCUGGAUUGACAGUCUUUGCAUCAUUCAAAAUUCAUCCGAGGAUUGGCAGAAAGAGGCAGCGAUGAUGGGCCAAGUCUAUGCCAGCGGUCUGUGUAAUCUGGCAGCGACUGCAGCCACGGAAGGAAGUCAAGGAUUGUUCCUUGACAAGCUUCCAGUACCUCAAGUCCAGAUUGAUAUCGAUGGGACAAAUGACCUCUGGCAUCUAAAUGAGAAUCCUGGCUACCACUGGGGCAGUAUCUUGAACUUCGCGCCGCUCAAUUGGCGAGGGUGGGUCUUCCAAGAACGAUUUCUCAGCACGCGAGUCAUACACUUCGGACGAAGUAGAGUCUACUGGGAGUGUGGACAAAAGAAGUGCUGCGAGUGGCCUGACAAAGGAACAGAGAGAGACCUGAGCGCCACUUCUUGGACCGAUCAAUCAAAGAGCUUCUGGCAAGAGAUCUUGAAGGGAUCAGGGAAGGUGGAGAAAGACGAAGCAGUCAAGAUAUGGAAUGCCAUCAUCGACUAUUACACCUCACACAGUACCUUCACCUAUAUUACAGAUAAGCUAGUCGCAAUUGGCGGUCUAGCAUCACGUGUACAAAAGUCGACACAGUGCCGAUACUUAGCUGGACUUUGGGAACACGAUCUUCCUUCACAGCUUAUGUGGGAUGUUGGAAAGGGACAUUCCGAUGACAACGAUUCGUCGCAUUAUGUCGCUCCCAGCUGGUCGUGGGCUUCGGUACACGUACCGAUUGGCCGAUAUUUCGGGGGCAGAGUGAAAUAUGUUCCAUCAACGGUUAUUGAGGUUCGAGAUAUUGAUAUUCAGUUAGCGACGGGAAAUGAACUAGGACAGGUGAAAGGAGGGUCACUGACUUUGGUCGGGAGACUUGGCUUGAUGAAAGACAUGGAUGUCCUCAAAGUUGGAGAGGAUGGAGAGUGGAGGUUUGAUGGAGUUGAGGUGAGGCUUGACCGAAGGAAUAGAAUUGUGGAUGCUUCGAGCCAGCAGCUAUAUCUGCUCCUGGUUGAAGAUCAGAGAAAAGACGAGUCAUAUGAGGGCGCAGGUCUUGUUCUCCAACACUUGGAAACCAACGAGAAUCUGGGCGAAGAAAAUGUUUUCAAGCGGGCCGGGUUUUUUCGGUUCUGGUUCAACAAAACAAUGAAGAAUACGAUAGCAGAGCUCCAAGAAAAUUUCGAUGGUACGGCUCUCGCGAAGCAAGUAUUAACUGAAUCAGAAAAAGACGAGAAGUCGCGCCACUUGAUUAAAAUCAUCUAG